AGUAAAUGCCAUUCAAAUGUUUGCCAGCCAAUCAGAGCGCAGAGUGAACGCAGCGCUGCAGUUCGAAUGCGUUGCGGCAACGGGAGACACUUUCUACCCAUGUUAGAAAAAUGUCUACAGGGCAAUGUAGUCAGUAAGCCAACUAAUUAAAUCGGUACGAUUCUACAUUGGGGUUCUAAAUGGAAUAAUAUUGAAAAUAGUUUGUCUUUGUGACGUAAAUGUUUCUCUGUGGGUGGCUAAUUAGCUAGGUACCGACUUGCUAGCCGCUUGCUAUCUUCUCACGUAAACUCGUCGAUUAGUUGGAAAAAAAAGUAUUUUGCUCUUUGGAAGCAUCUUAUUUUUUAAGUUGCUCUUGUUCGUAAAAAGUCUUUGUACAAUUUUGUGUUAUUUAAUUACACGCAAAGAUGACUUAGCGACCGUUUGUUUAGUAAGACAAGAUACAGAACGCGAAGGAGUUUCCUCGUUUUUGGGAGAAGGUGAACGGCCUAUUUAGUGUGUAACUAAAGCACGAUAGGAAGCUAAAAUGAUGGUGGACGAGAGAAGUUUGGUUCGACUAGUGGCUGUGCAACAUCUCCAGACAACGUAUGGGAUCAAGACAAAGAACUGGAACAAAAACAAAGCAGCCAGUUGUAAGUCAACAGCAACAACCAACUCGACAAAGGUCUUUGGAGUACCAUUGGGGAGUUUACCAUAUUGUAACAUGACACGUGGGAAAGUGCCAAGCUUUCUGGUGGACGCAUGCAAGAAGCUGCAGGCGAAUGCCGACACAGAGGGCCUGUUCAGAAAAUCGGGCUCUGUUGUCCGAUUGAGAGACCUUCGGACUAAAGUGGAUUCAGGUGAGGAGUGCCUGUCUGCCGCGCUUCCCUGUGAUGUGGCCGGCCUGGUGAAGCAGUUCUUCAGGGACCUGCCAGAACCUGUGUUACCCACCGAGCUGCAGGAGGCCUUCCUCAAGGCCCAGCAGCUUCCCACCAAGGAGGACCGCACCUCCGCCACAAUGCUGCUCUCUUGCGUUCUGCCUGACAGGAGCCUCAGUGUCUUGGCCCAUUUCUUUGACUUCCUCCAAAAUAUCUCGAAGAGGAGUGCAGAGAAUAAAAUGGACAGCGCUAACUUGUCUGUAAUCUUGGCUCCCAGUCUCCUCCACUGCGGAGAAGGUACAGAGAAGAUGAACCCCAACACAGAAAAACGCAUCAGGCUGCAGACGGCUGUUGUUCACUGCUUUAUUGAGCAUGCUCACAACUUUGGUGCACUUCCACCAUUCCUUGAAGAGAAGGUUUCAGCCAUGAUGCACUGUGAGCCAGCAGUUUUAUCGCCUGCAUUCAAUGAGCUUCAGGAUUUCGACCAAAACUCAGGGAGGUGGUGGAGAAACAGGCACAGUCUCGGAGUCUUUUCUUCUGCCACUCCUGUGAUUGUGACUCCAUCCUCCAAGCGAAAACUGCCUCUAGAUUCCGGUCCUUUUGGAUUCUCAAACAAGAAACGUAGAUCUGCCAAGAAGAAUCCCGAGAUUGAAUUGCAUCCUAGUUCCUUGUUCAGCGGCACGUCCACCCCUGGCUCAGCUUCCAGUGCGUCAGGGGUGUUGGAUUCCCCCCAAAGUGGUCUUUCCUCUGCUGGGAAGUCUCAAAGGCAGUCGGACACCUCAGCGAAGAGGAAGAGCAGACGACUGAGCAGCAGACAUGUUGUCAGCAGAGUUGAAUCUGGAAGAGCAGGCUGCUUUUCUCCCAAAGUCGCCAAAAAAGAAGCACCCCACAAGUCUCUUCGUCAGCGUUUCAGCUUGGGGAGGAACCACAAAGCUGCCGGAUCUGAGUCCAUAGGUUGGCGACUUGCCACCCAGGAGAGCACCACCAGUUUUUGUUUUACCAAAGAGACCCGGUUCAGUCCAUCGCUUCUGCCCAGAAUUGCUCAAUCCAACAGUUCCAAUUUUAUAAGCAAGUCUGAAGACAACUUGCUGACCCCCCAGUGUGAGCCAGGUGCCCACCACACCUCAUGGAGCGGAGAGACCCCAGGAGGAGCACAGCUCUUUAGCAGGGGGCCCUUCCCUGAUACACCCAUGAGCGUGCGUCUGAAGAACCAUUGCGUAUCUGAGCCCGCCAUUGUCGUGUCCAAACCCCCAACUGGGUCUGGCCUGCCUAAAAAGUUGUGUUGCACUUCCAGUGCGGAUAGCCUGGAAAGCGAGUCCUCCAGUUCCAAAGCCUCGAGCCAAACAGUAACAUCUGCGUCAAAGGCGGAGAACGCCCUCACAGGUUUGGGGACUCUAACACAAGAGACGCCGGAAGCAGAACCGUCAGACAGUGUUCUGCUCCCUCUGCCAAAGACCCUCACGGUUGCGCGUCUAACUGAGGACAGAAGCAUGUCCAAGUUCCCAAGUCAUGAGCUAAAUAUUACCUUUGACGUAGAAGCCGUAUCACCUCUCCAUAUUGAUAGGGUAGUUUCAGAUUCUUCCAGGACUUGUAGUCCAGUGGUGAGAGCUGCUCAGGAUUCAUUUUGCACUGCCGCUGUUGGCCGCAAUAACUCGCCGAUGAGUGAAAGUGACGACUCAGCCGAGCAGGUCCACUGUAGUAGGCUGAUUGAAGCGCUGGACGUGCAGAGUCCAGCACACUUUAGACUCGGUGUCUCGCCAGGACUGCGGUCCACUCCCUACACACCCCGUCUUGAGUUGGCAGAUGAACUCAGCACAACUGGCAGAAAUGAAGUGCAUUGCGAGGGUGGGUCUUCUCUGGAAACUGAUACCCAAAUUGAACCCCAAGCAUCACACAAUCCGGAACGCCACCACCCCCGUGUGGCGGACCACAUUCAGCAUUUCAACAAACUCACCCUCAAGUCUCCCAAGGGCACCAAGGCCAAACACGUGAAGUCGCCGCUGAAGUUCCAGCGCACCCCUGUGAGGCAGGCGGUCCGCAGAAUUAACUCGCUCGUCGGAGAUAGCAGGCUACCCGCUCGAAAUCUGGACACGGGCCACGCUCGGGGAAUCAAAGCCGUGAAAGCCGUCAGCCUGGAGAGCGGCCUGUCCCUGCGGCCUUGGCCGCCCGAGGGAGAUUCUUGGCUGGUUAAGAAACCACCCCCCCUCCCACCCAAAAAGCCAAACUCCUUGGCCGCUAAAGGCAAGGCUUACGCUCUUGGUGACGUGACCAACAAGGUCCAAACCAGGCUCAACGUGGACUCUGCCAUCUCAGAUGCAGCAGGCGCUCAGGGGAUGUUUUUGCAGCGGCUUGCAGAGAGCGAAGUACGACAUUACCGAGGUUCUCCCAGAAACCCUCUGAACCGACCGCAACUGUUGCCAGCCACCAAACCUGUUGACUUUUAGCCGACGCUUCUUUUGCCAUCAUAAAUGACCGUUUAUUUGAGCCGAAAGGAUUUGGGAUUUAAUUUAUUUGCUUCGAAAUGUGCUGCUUGUCCAUCAUAAGGCCUUUGGGGGGAAUGUGCCCCUUCCUUACGAUUCUUUCCAGUAGGUUUUAAAUUGUAGAGCGUUGAAAACUUUUGGUUGCUGGAAAUCUGGAAAAUAUUUAGCUCAUUUUACUUUAAUCUUUGCAUUUGACAGCUGUUCCUUUGUUAUAUUAUUUUUUUGUUGCUUUUGUUAUAAGGCAGAACAAGUCCACCAUUUAAUGGGGGGGAAAAAAUUUCCAAGCAGUAUUGAUGGGAGUACAAAAAUACAGCGCCAAGUGAAACACCCAUGAUGACAAAUAAACGUAAUUCUUGAAAAUAAAAUAAAUGAUCACUGUGG